GAGGAAGUGAGCAGAAUUCGGCUAGCUGCUAGCACCUUAGCUUGACAGGAAAAGCAAGCGUCAACCGAGAUAGCGAAGUGGACCAUUGUACCAAAUCUCGUUGGUUACACGAAGGAGAUAGAUAAAGGGAGUGGCAGUUUUGAUUCUGAUAACUACAGUUAGCUGUGAGGCUAGCUUUUAAAAACUAUUCAGCUGCCGACCCUCUAAACGUGUUGUUUUCUUACGGCAGACAUUUAAAGGAGCUGUUAGCUUGUUAGCUAGCCUGCGCGUUAGCUAACGCUUCCAACUCAGGCAGAGGAAAAGUCCACUUUUGAUAUUUUUACCGCAGGAUCGUCGCACAGCUGUGGCACAAUGACAUCAAGGAAGAAAGUACUACUCAAAGUCAUCAUCCUCGGAGACUCCGGAGUUGGGAAGACCUCACUGAUGAACCAGUAUGUGAAUAAGAAGUUCAGUAACCAGUACAAAGCCACAAUAGGAGCUGAUUUCUUGACGAAAGAAGUCAUGGUGGAUGACAGACUUGUCACAAUGCAGAUUUGGGACACAGCAGGUCAGGAGAGGUUCCAGUCCUUAGGAGUAGCGUUCUACCGCGGGGCUGACUGCUGCGUCCUGGUGUUUGAUGUGACAGCACCAAAUACCUUCAAGACUCUAGACAGCUGGCGGGAUGAGUUUUUGAUCCAGGCCAGCCCCCGAGACCCGGAAAAUUUUCCUUUUGUGGUUCUGGGCAAUAAGAUCGACCUGGAGAACAGACAGGUAACAACUAAGCGAGCACAGGCCUGGUGUCAAAGCAAGAACAACAUACCGUAUUUUGAAACCAGCGCCAAGGAAGCGAUCAAUGUGGAGCAGGCCUUUCAGACUAUUGCACGCAACGCUCUUAAACAGGAGACUGAGGUGGAGUUGUACAACGAGUUCCCGGAGCCGAUAAAGCUGGACAGGAACGAGCGGGCCAAGCCGUCAGCGGAGGCCUGCAGCUGCUGAGGACGCUGAGGAUUCGACGGGGGCAUUGUCACUGCCCUCACUACCCUGUCUUGCCUUGUCUAUAUAUUCCCUUUCCCAUGAGCCCACUGUGUUAAUCCCCGAUGCCCAUCAUACAAGCAGCAUCCCACUCAUAGAGAAUACUACUACACACACAAACAUGCUGCACUCACCUCCUUAUGUAUACAAAAAUACACAUUUUCUAUAAAAUAUGAGUCUCUUAGCCCAAAGACACCUUGAGGAAACAUUACAGCAUUUCCUUGUUUGAUGCUUAUUACUUUCCAGUGUUUCCUACAUACUUUUUCAUGUGCAGUGGUGGUUUGGGCUAAUCUCUUUUUCAGUUGGAUGUAUAGUGUAAUGCUGCUCUAUUCCCAUUUUUGGUUCUAACUGCUUUUAUUUGGUUACUUUUUGUGGUAAAUUUAAGCAUUAUCUCUAUACAUGUUUAUGUUUAUGAGUAAAGUUAGACAAACUAAUGGUAUUUUUUUUUUUUUUUUUUAAUCACUUUCAUUGGCAGUGGUGGUUGUUUUCUUACUUUUACAGCCCGCCACUGCUGCAUGAAUAGAGGAAACACUGCACCCCCCUCCACCCCCCUUUCCUAUUUUACUCAUUUGUGUUGUGGCUUAAAUUUGUUUCACAUCGAGAAACACGUUACCAUGAUUUCACCAUACCUCAUGCAACCUUAAAAAAAAGAAAUAAACUCUGAUAACUUAAAACGGGGAAUCGGAACAGAAGUUGAAGGAUCAGAAUGUGUAAAUCUGUGGAAUCGCAUCAAUGUGCUGCCUGCUGAUUCACAGAAUUUGAUAUCCAAUCCAGUGACAAGUUCAUCACUUAGGUGUGCAGUUUUUUUUUUUUUCUUUUGUUUUUUUUUUUUGCACUUACUACAAUAACUGAAGACUUGCUCAGAUAUCUCAUUUAGAGCCACAAUACACACAGUUGUAGCUCAGGUUGAGUGUUUUGUGUGCAUCUAGACUCGGCUCCUUGGUAAAAA